AUGCAAACUGAGAAGGAGAGUCAGGGGGAUAAGGUAAGGAAGAAGGAGCUGGAGACUGAGAGAAAGCAUGAGGGGGAUAAAGAGAAAGAGAAGGAGAGAGGGAGGGGAAAUAGAGAAGAUAUCCAGAAGACGGAAGAACAUCAGGUGGUGAUAGAGAGGGAGAGGAAGAUGGAGAAUGAGAGGCAGAGUCAACAUCCUUGGCAAGGGAAGGAGAUAAAGAAUGAGAAAAAGAAAGAAAGUGAUCAAGAAAAGAAAGAAAGUGAUCAAGAAGAGACCGGGAAGAAGAUAGAGAAAGAGGUAGAAAAAACUGUCCAAAGUGUGCAGAGAGACAGCAUAGGACCGGUGAUGACAGAUGAUCAGGACACGACCUCACCCAGCCCAAGCACUGGUUUUAAACAUGACUCAAUCCCCAGACCUGACUCCUCAGGACCAGAUCAAAAAUCAAACUCCAUCCCUAGACCUGCCACCAAUCCCAGCCCAAGAUCUAGCUCAGACACCAGCCGUGGAUAUAUUUCAAGUCCUUCCUCCAGCUCAACCUCUAGCCCCAGAUCUUCCUCCAUCUCCAGCACAAGGACAAGCUCAAGCCUUAACACAAGCUCCAGUCAAAGGACCAUCUCCUCUUUACCUCACCAGGGAACCACCAGGUCUGACCCCAUCACAACCCCAAGUUCAGGCACCAGCUACAGGACUGCCAGAACCAGCCCAAGUAUCACAACAAGCACAAACCAAACAACCACCAGCUCAUCAAAAAGGACUACUAGCCCAAGAAACAGACCUGUCCAGAAGCACAAGCCCAACCAAGCUAAACAGGCCAUCAGACCCAGACUUAAGUCCAGACCACCCAGCCCAACUAGCUCCUCCAGUUCAACGGCCAGCUUCACUAGCCUCAGCUCAUGGACCACCACCACCAGCUCCAGCCCUGCAUGGACAAGGACAAAAACAACAACAGGACUCAGCACUAAACCUACACUAAAACCUAAACCAGGCCAAAAGCCUAUUCCAGGCCUAAGACCUAAACCUGGACCAAAACAAAGGCCUGUUCUAAAGCCCAGCCCAACCAGCUCAUCCAGCUUCAACUCUAAGACCACUCUCAGAACUGGCUCAACUUCAACCCCUACUUGUAGCCUUAGCCCUGCAAUCAGCUUUACAAGACCCAGUCUACAGUCCACUAAGACAAGUACCAGCCAAAUCAGCACCAUGCCGGGACACUCUUCAGCCACCACCACUAGUCCUAGCUCAAAGAUUACCAGCCCAAGCUACAGGACCACUAGUUCCAUCCCUGUGGCCAGCAGUAGCAGUAGCUCAACUCCAGGAACUACAACCACUGCUAGACCUAGCCCAAGGAUUACCAGUCCAAGCUCCAGAAUUGGGUCCCGGUGGACCCCCAGACCUGACCUAAAGCCAAAACCAGGCACGAGGCCUAUUCCAGGCCCCAGACCAAAACCUGGAUCAAAACCAAAGCCUGUCCUGAAGCUCAGACCAUCACGUCCAACUGGCUCCUCCAGCUCCAUUCCAGAGGCCAAUCCCAGAACUGGUUCUCCUCCAGCCACCACCAUUAACCUUAGCCCACAGGCCAUCUGUUCAAGCAUCCAGGCCAGCACUUCCAGCUCAAGUUCAACUCCAGAAACAACAACCACCACAAGCCCCAGCCCAAGGAAUGGCGUCACUUCUCUCAGCUUAAGGUCCACUAGUACUAGCUCCAGCCCUGAGAGGACAUAUGUCCAAAACCCUGAACCCAACACAACGACUACCAGACCUAGGAUUAAGCCCCGACCUGGCCUGCAGCCCAGACCUGACCUACAGCCCAAACCCGGCCUAAAACCUGAACUACAGCCCAAACCAGGCCCAAAGCCUAUUCCAGGCUUAAGGACUAAACCUAGACCACAAUCAAAGCUCAUCUUAAAGCCCAGACCACCCAGCCCAACCAGCUUCAAUCCAAAGACCAGUAACAUAAAUGAUGCAACUUUAAUCCCCACCACUAGCCUCAGCCCUGGGAUCAGAAGCCACAGUUGUCAGACCACGACGACAAGCCAAAGUAGCACCACACCGGGCCACUCUCCAGGCACCACCUCAAAGAUAACUAACCCAAGUUACAAUACCACUAGUUCCGGCCCUGGGGCCAACCUCAGCAGUAGCAGUACCCCAACUCCAGGAACUACUACCUCCGCUAGACCUAGCUCAAAGAUCACCCGUCCAAGAUCCAGAAUUGGGUCCUGGUGGACUCGCAGACCCGGCUUAAAGCUCAAACCAGGCACAUUAACAAUUCCAGGACCCAGACCCAAACCUGGACCAAAGCUCAAACCUGCCUUUAAGCCCAGACCACUCAGUCCAACCAGCUCCUCCAAACCUGGCUCAACUCCAGACACCAACACUAGCCUCACCCCAAAGACCACCAGUCCAAGCUCCAGGACUACUAGCUCCAGCACAGGGAUUAGCUUUACCCCCACUCCAGGCAGUCUCAGCAGAACCACACCAAGUCAAUCUCCAUCAACCACCACUAACUCUAGCUCAAAGAUCACCAGUUCAAGGAUCACACUAAACCAAACCAAAACCACCCCUAGCCCCAGCUCAAUGACCAGCUUCACUAGCCUCAGCUCAAGGACCCCCAGUACCAGCAUUAGUCCAGAGACAAAUUCUGCACAACAUCCUGAAACCAGCUCAACAAUCCCCAGACUUAGCAUUAAAUCCAAACCUGGCCUAAAACCCCAACCAGACCAAAAGCUCAAGCCAGGCCCAAGCCCUAUUCCAGGUCCAAGACAUAAACCGGGACCAAAACUUAAACCUGUCCUGAAGCCCAGAACUGCUCCAAAGCCCUGGUCUAAAACCACCACCCAAGGUCAAAGGACCACUUCUCCCACACCUAGCCCCAAGACAUCUAGUACCUCAAGCCAAAGGACCACGACUGACCCCAGCCCACAAUUGACCGCAAUCCCUGGCUCAAGAACUACAAGACCUAACCAACAAACUACCCUCAGCUCUAGCUCAAAAAACAUCUUUAACACUAGCCGGAAAACAACCACUAGCCUUGGCACAAUUUCCACUACUAUUGCUAGUCUAAAACGUAAGACCAGCUCAAGCCAACAGAUUAGCAUAAACCCUAGCCCCAAAACAUCCACUACUAAACCCAUCCCAUUGGCCAACUCUAACCAUAGUCCAACUACCACCAACCCUGAGUCCUCUACCCCCAGCCCCAUACUUGAGUCUUCCACCCUCAGUGUGAGAGCACUUCGUGUGAAGACCAGCCGGGUAUCUGCUAGUCUGAAUGACACAAAGGACACAAGGGGGCCAAAGGUUUUACAAGGAGGGCACCCAAAGGUCCUGCUCACAGAGAAGGACCAGGUAAUCAGCAAGACUGACAGAACAGGGAACCAGCCUCAAAACCCUGCACAGAUUUCACCAGGAGUUACCAUGGCACCCAGAGACUGCUCUGACCACAUGGCCAAGGGGGAAAGGAACAGUGGGGUCUACCAAGUGACCCCUGACCCUAAGAAUGUAACCAUCGCAGUGUUCUGUGACAUGGAGUCUCAUGAUGGAGGGUGGACCAUCAUUCAGCUCCGUCAGGACGGAAGUGUGAACUUCAACAGGACAUGGGCUGAAUACCGGACGGGCUUCGGGAACAUGAGGGCCGGAGAGUUCUGGCUGGGCAAUGACCACAUCCAUCUCCUGACCCGACACAGGGAGAUGGUCCUCCGGGUGGAGCUGGAAGACUUUAACAGAGUGAGGGAGUACGCAGAGUACAGGUUCUUCCGUGUGGCUGGCGAACGGCUGCGGUACCGCCUGUCUGUGGGUGGGUACUCGGGCACGGCGGGAGAUGCACUUCAAUUCAGCAAGAGUUACAACCACAACAACAGGUUCUUUACGACUCCUGACAGGGACUAUGACCGCUACCCUUCAGGGAACUGUGGGGUGUACUACGACUCAGGCUGGUGGUUUGAUGCCUGCAUGGCUGCCAAUCUCAAUGGGAGAUAUUAUGUGGGAAAGUACAAAGGGGUGAGGAACGGGAUCUACUGGGGGACGUGGCAUAAUAUAUCUACAGAGUACUACCCAACAAAUGACAGACAAUCUUUCAAGACUGUCAGAAUGAUGAUCAGGCCGAGAGGCUAUGCAAAGUGAGCUAGACAGCUGGCUCUUUGUUUGGCGUACUCAGCUGUUGCAAUUGUCAAACAGCGGGGCUGGGAAACCCUAUAAGGCCUCAGCAAUUUUUCAAUGGGUCCGCGACAUAAACAGGAAACAUAUGUAUUUUUUUGGGAGGAGCACUGUUUAUUAAUGUGCAAAUGCAGACAUUCAGAUUGUACUGCUGUUUCCUAUUUUGGGUGUUUAUAGUGGCUGUUAUUUAACAAGCAGUUUGAAUAUAUUGUAUCUUAUGUACUCUUUGAAAUAUUAUAGUGGGUCAACCCCUUCAUCUUCUUGAUUUCUUGACACAGUUUUUUCCCCCCAAUCGCUUUCGUGCUAUUUUCUCAAGAAUGUGGUACAUUUUCUAAAAAUGUUGAACAAAACUCCAAACUGCUAAUACAUAACACAGCAAGUAUUUUAUUCAAAACCUUUUAUUUUGCAUUCAUUUUGUUCGGAGACAUCUUUCACCACACAACCAUUGAGCCAAAAUAUACGUUUACAGUGAAAUACCAUGAUAACAUUGAUUUAAUCACCAAAAUACAACAUAAUGAUAUCUUCUCAAUUUAGUUGUUUUAACAACCAGUUAAUUAAAUAGAUAAAUACGCAAGAUACAUGGUCCAAAAUUUCCCUUUGAAUGUAAUAUGCUACAGUACUGUAAAUGACAGUAUGUUACACUGUUUUAGCAGAAGGUAAUACAUUUGCACUACCCAUCACAAUUUACAAAAAAAUCUAAUUUCCAUCAUUUCUAUCCCAUGUGUGAUCAAAAGUGUGAUCAACUUUCAAAAUCAUUGAUGAAAAAAAGAAAUAUAUUGUUCAGAUACAAUUACAACAUAAACUCGGCAAAAAAAAAGAAACGUCUCUUUUUCAGGACCCUGUCUUUUAAACAUAAUUCGUAAAAAUCCAAAUAACUUCACAGAUCUUCAUUGUAAAGGCUUUAAACACUGUUUCCCAUGCUUG